AUGGACUUGCCAUCUGAAAGAUGGAUUGCGCUCAUUGAGAGAGGAAAAUGUCCCUUUCAAGACAAAAUAAAGAGAGCCACUGAAAAAUAUAAUGCCACUGCAGUAGUGAUAUACAACGAAAAUAAAACUGAAGAUACAAUAUUUAUGAGCCAGGAAGAUUCUGAAGUGCUCUCUGUGAAUCUAAAGAAAGUUGAUGGUGAACAUAUCAAACGACUGUUGGCAAGUGGUAUCAGUGUUAAAAUGACAAUUUCUAUUGGUAAAAAAUACACUAAAGAAGCUACUCAAAGUAAUAUUAGUAAAACUUCAGUACUAUUUGUCUCAAUAUCCUUUAUAGUGCUGAUGAUCAUAUCUCUUGCUUGGUUGGUGUUUUAUUAUAUUCAAAGAUUCAGAUAUGCCCAUGCCAAAGAACGACUAGCUAGAAGAUUAGCAAGUGCAGCUAAGAAAGCUAUAGCUAAAAUACCACAAAGAAAUGUCAAAUCUGGAGACAAGGAAUUGGAUUCAGAUUUUGACCAGUGUGCUGUAUGUAUAGAAGGAUAUAAAGCUCAUGAUGUUAUACGCACUCUUCCUUGCAAACAUGUUUUCCAUAAAUCGUGUGUUGAUCCAUGGUUAUUGGAACAAAGAAGUUGUCCUAUGUGUAAGUUAGAUAUAUUGAGAGCAUAUGGCAUGCAGGUAAGUACGUCUCUUCUGUUUGAUGUAUGUAUUGAGGUAUAUUUAAUGAAAGAGAAUUGA